CUUACUUCUAUUAACAAUAAAAAAAGUACACUUAAGUAUCUUAUUCUUUAAUAAAAAAGUAUAUAACGCUAAAACACGAAAUCUUUUUGUUAUGGCGAACGACCGGGAAGUUUUGCGUGAAAUAUGGGAUGGGAAACUCCCUGUUUGUUUUCAGCUAGAUCAAGAAGAAAUUAUGGAAAUACAGCAACCAGACCCCUUUUAUGUGAUGGUACCCCGGUUAAGUUACUUUCCUCUUGUAAUUGAUAAGAUGAAAAGGCAUUUUCUUCGUUAUAUAUCCCAAGAAAAUGCUGACAAUGAAAUGUGGAUGGAUUACAAUGGUCAACCAUUGAAAUGGCAUUAUCCCAUUGGAUUCUUAUAUGAUUUAUAUUGUGGAAAUGAUCCCCAAACACCUUGGACUUUAACAGUGCAUUUUAGCAAGUUUCCUGGAAACAUUUUGCUCCACUGCCCAAAUAAAGAUGUAGUAGAGGCUCACUAUAUGUCAACAGUAAAAGAGGCUGAUGUUUUAAAACACAGGGGACAAAUCAUGUCUGCUAUGCAAAAAAAAGAUCAUAACCAGUUAUGGUUAGGAUUACAAAAUGACAAAUUUGAUCAAUUUUGGGCAAUUAAUAGAAGACUUAUGGAAUCUCAUGGUGAUAAUGAUGGAUUUAAACAUAUUCCCAUUAGGUUAUAUGCAGAAGAUGGUACAUGCACACAACGAUUAAUAAGUCCCAAAAACAAUGAUGGAAGUAGAAAAAUAAUUCAACAGCUUAUAUCUGAACUGUAUCCAGAAAAACCAGUAAAAUUAAGAACACAUGGCAUCACUAUCCCACUUGACACACCACUGCAGUGGCUAUCGGAACAUUUAAGCUACCCGGACAAUUUUCUUCAUGUCUGCGUGUGUUAGAGUAAGUUAAGUUACAAUGAAUUUAUAUUAAAAUGACAAUUAAAAUAUAUUUAAACAGGAA